AUGCUGAGAUGCGGGCACAUGCGCAGCUGCAGCCUUAGCGCACUGCUCCGAUGGCCUCCAGCUGCCUACCGCUGCCUUUUGCAGCUGAUGCUCAUGAUGCUCGCCUCCGGCUUCCCAGCUCCAAAGUCCCACAUGCCUUUUGGUUUUUUUGCAGCAGUCAUGAUUCUCGCGACUGGCUGCUUCUUGCUGCCUUCCUGUUUGGCAAACGAGCUCGACAUGCUGGCCUCCGCCGAAAAGAAGCCAGACCUGCUGGAUGUCCACAUUGGGACAAACAUCGAGGAUGAGGAGCUUCAGCCCGUGCUUGGCGGCAAUCUGCGGGGCAUGCGUACACGAAUUCAGAUGACACGAUCCAUGCCGCAUGUCGGUGCCUUGGCCAGGUCGUUCAUGGCGUCCCUGACCUGCCACCACCACUGCCAGCGGUGGCUGUAUAGGUCGUUGCCUGACAGGAUCAGCUAUCGGACGAGCUCGCGCACAAGACAAGAUAACCGCUCCAGCCUGAACAAACGACCACCAACGUCCCACGCCCCGCGGCUGGCUGGAGGGUCACCGCCUCCAAGCCCUCGACCAUGCCCCUAA